AUGGAUGUCCACGAGCACGAGGCAACGACGGGGUGCCGUUUCUCUUGGAAUGUGUGGCCAGCGACGCGCGCUGAAGCGCAGAAGAUCGAGCUGCCGCUGGGGUGUAUGUUCACGCCGUUGAGAGAAUGCACGAGCCUCCAGCUCGUUGAGUACGAGCCCAUCAGAUGCCGUGUGAGCGGCUGCAUUCUCAAUCCCUUCUGCGCGAUCGACUUCCGCAGCAAGCAGUGGACGUGCCCCUUUUCCCUCCAACGCAAUGCCUUUCCUAAUCACUACGCCAUGCACAUCACGGAACAGAACCUGCCUGCGGAACUGUUGUACCCAACGAUCGAGUACAUUCUUCCGCAGCCUAUGCCUGCGCCGAAUGGGAUGCCGGGCGCAGGAGCUCCGCCAGCAGGCACGCUGCCGCCGCCUCUGUUUUUCCUCGUCGUGGACACGUGCAUUAUCGAAGAAGAGCUGGAGCAGCUUCGGGACUCUCUCAUGCAGGCUCUCGCGCUGAUGCCGUCCGACGCGGUUGUCGGCAUCAUCACGUAUGGCGCCAUGGCCAUGCUUCACGAGCUGGGUGGAGGCAACGAAACGGCGGACAUCAUGAAAGCGCACGUUUUCCGCGGAAACAAGGAACUCACGCCUCUCCAGAUCCAACAACAACUGGGCUUGGUCGCGGGCAGCAGCAACGCGUACGUGCCUCCACGGGGCGGUCCUGGCGGAGCGCCGGGGUCUUCGCUGCUCAGCCCCGCAGCCGCGCGCUUCAUUCAGCCGAUUGGCGAUUGCGAGUACAAGUUGACUUGCAUCCUCGAGGAGCUCCGCCGCGACUCAUGGCCUGUGCCGUCCGACUCUCGGCCGAUGCGCUGCACCGGGCUCGCUCUCUCCGUGGCGCUGUCAGUUCUGGAGGCCGCCUGGUAUCAGCUGCCUGCCCGCAUUUUGCUGUUUGUCGGCGGCGCAUGCACGUCGGGACCUGGCCAGGUCGUGGAUCUCUCGCUGUGUGAGUCGAUUAGACACCACUUGGAUCUGCAGAAGGACAACAAGAACGCGCGCUUUGUCAAGAAGGCGCUCAAGUACUACACGCAGCUGGCGAACCAAGCCGUCAAGGCGGGACACGCGGUGGAUAUUUUCGCCUGCUCUCUCGACCAGGUUGGCUUGUACGAGAUGAAGGUUAUGACCGAGAAGACUGGCGGCUGCGUGGUGAUGGGAGACAGUUACUCCAUCAACGUCUUCAAGGAUAGUUUGAAGAAGUACUUCGAAACCGACUCGACGGGUUUCUUGAAGAUGGGCUUCAACGCGAAGAUGGAGGUUCUCUGCAGCAAGGAAUUCAAAGUCUGCGGUGCGAUCGGACCAUGCACAGGCACCGGGAAGAAGGGCAGCCAAGUCUCUGACACGAGCGUGGGCGAGGGCAUGACGUGCGAGUGGCAAGCGGCGGCGCUGGACAAGGAAACGACGAUUGCAUUCUACUUCGAGGUCACGAAUCAACAGGCGCAGAAUCUCCCGCCGGGCAAGCAGUCGUUCCUCCAGUUCCAAACGUCUUAUCUCCACCCGAGUGGAAGGCGUCGCUUGCGGGUCACGACUCUGUCCUACCGCUUCGCCGAGCCCAACACCAUCGACGUCGCGCCAGGCUUUGACCAGGAAGCAGCCGCAGUGCUCAUGACGCGCCUUGCCGUCUUCAAGACCGAGACUGAAGAGUCGCUCGACGUGCUUCGCUGGCUGGAUCGCAAAUUGAUUCGGCUCGUCGCGCGCUUCGCAGAUUAUCAGAAAGACGAUCCGAGCUCGUUCCACCUUUCGACGGAAUUCAGCAUUUACCCGCAGUUCAUGUAUCACCUGCGGCGCAGUCACUUCCUCCAGACGUUUAAUGCGUCGCCUGAUGAAACGGCGUACUACCGCUCUGUGCUGCUCCGCGCAAGCGUGAUGAACGCCCUCGUCAUGAUUCAGCCUGCGUUGCUUGAAUACUCCUUCGAGCAGCAGGGCCCGCCGCAGCCGGUGCUUCUCGACGCCCAGGCUCUCAAGCCGAACGUCAUCCUGCUGCUGGACUCUUUCUUCCACGUCGUCGUCUGGCAUGGAGAACUGAUUCACCAGUGGCGCGAACAGGGCUUCCACAACCUGCCCGAGUACGAGAACUUGCGCCAGCUGCUGCAGGCACCGCUCGAGGACGCCAAAGUCAUUCUGGACGAGCGCUUCCCGGUGCCCAAGUACGUCCAGUGCAACAGCGGCGGCAGUCAGGCGCGUUUCUUGCUGGCAAAGGUCAAUCCGUCAACAAACUACGCACAGAAUUCUCAGGGAGCAGCACCGGGCAUGGGCGGCCUCAUGGGAGAAGGCGGCGCGGGCGGCGAAAGCUUCAUCAACACCGACGAUGCCAGCCUCAAGGUGUUCAUGGAUCACCUCAUCAAGCUCGCGGUUCAGAGCUAA